AUGCCUGAAAUUGUGUAUGCAUAUCUCGACGUUAAUUAUUGGCAUCCCUGGAAGAUCUUUGGCUCUAUUUCUUCUGUCAAGCAGCUCGAGUUGUGCUUACCAUCCUCGAAGGAAUAUCCUGUUGGUACUGUCUUCCACAAUCUUGUAUAUCUGAUGCUGUGCACGUGUGAGACAGAGUGGUUGAAUCUACUCUUGUGUCUGCUCAGAGAUUCACCUAAAUUAAAAUUUCUCAGAUUUGAACAGUACCAUCCAAUUCGACCUAGUGAAGAGCGACCGUGUUGGAGUGAACCGAGCUCAGUUCCUGAAUGUGUGGUAUCGAGUCUUGAGACUCUUGAAUGGGUCAAAUAUGAAGGAGGAGAAGAAGAGAAAGAAGCAGUAGCGUUUAUUUUGAGAAACGCAAGAUGUCUAAAGAAGGCAACUAUCUCUGCUGCAUCUACGGAUCCGGUCAAGAAACUUGAGAUGCUCAAAGAGUUGUCAUUUCUGUCAAGGUGUUCAGGUACUUGUCAUCUUACAUUCGACUGA